AUGGUCUCUUCAGAUGGUUUCAGAUGCUUUGACUUUGAUCAGCCUUUCAGGUUGAACACUGAGGACAGGCAACGCCGGCUCCCAGAUACCCCUCCCUAUUCUGCAUCAGAUUCAUGCUCCCCUCCACAGGUCAAAGGUACAAGCUUCCGGACCCCGAGGGCUACAACUGGAAGGAGUCCAGCUGCUUUUCUCCACUCCGCAGCAGCCCUUGGGAUGCUGUCCAUGAACCUGCAGCAGAGCAUGUCUGGAAUGAGCAACUCGGGCCAAACCCAUGGCAGCUUUCACAACUGCUACCCAAACACCAGUCAUCCCGCCAACCUCCUGGAUCAAUCCGGGUCCUCCCAUUUGGGGAUAAGUUGUUCUUACCACCAGGAGCCUUUGUGCCACACGCCUGGAGAUUCGUUGCCUCCAACCAAGAAGAGAAAGCACACAGAGUCCCUGGAGGGCUCCGAGGACUGUGGGGUGUGGGCCCACCCCUCUAGACCAGUGACCAGCAGGAGUCACAGCAGUGAAGUGCAGGACCAUAACAGUGAGCUACAGAAUGGGAUGCCUGCAGGCCAGUUCUCCCCUGCUCUGAAGUGGCAGCCAUACCAAAGUGUUCCUUGGCAUAGCUUACUAAACUGUCAUCAUGAAAAACUACCUGAUGUGGGCUAUCAAGUUGUCACAGACAAAGGAUUUAGUUUCUCUCCAGCAGAUGAGGCUUUUGUUUGUCAAAAGAAGAACCAUUUCCAGAUAACCAUCCACAUCCAAGUUUGGGGAAGUCCAAAAUUUGUUAAAACCCAAAUGGGCCUAAAGCCAAUAGAAAUGUUUUACUUGAAAGCUUUUGGAAUUAAGGUAGAAACCACCAAUCAAAUAAUUGCUAUUGAACAGUCCCAAGCAGAUAGAAGCAAAAGGAUUUUCAAUCCUGUUAAAAUUGACCUACUGGCUGACCAGGUCACCAAAGUAACACUGGGACGAUUACACUUCAGUGAGACUACGGCAAACAACAUGAGAAAGAAGGGGAAACCGAAUCCUGACCAGAGAUACUUCAAGUUGGUGGUUGGACUGUAUGCUGCUAACCAAGACCAGUUCUAUCUGCUGUCUGCCCAUAUCUCUGAAAGAAUCAUUGUACGGGCCUCUAACCCCGGGCAGUUUGAAAAUGACAGUGAUGUAUUAUGGCAGCGAGGACAAGUCCCAGAAUCUGUUGUCUGUCAUGGUCGAAUAGGAAUAAACACAGAUACACCAGAUGAAGCCCUGGUUGUCUGUGGCAACAUGAAAGUGAUGGGGACAAUCAUGCACCCUUCUGACAGCCGGGCAAAGCAGAAUAUCCAGGAGGUUGACACAAAUGAACAGCUGAGAAGAAUAGCACAAAUGAGGAUUGUUGAAUAUGACUACAAACCUGAGUUUGCAUCUGCAAUGGGAAUAAACACUGCCCAUCAAACAGGAAUGAUUGCCCAGGAGGUGCAAGAGAUCCUGCCCAGAGCUGUGAGAGAGGUUGGUGAUGUCACCUGUGAAAAUGGAGAGAAGCUAGAGAACUUCCUCAUGGUUGAUAAGGACCAAAUCUUCAUGGAAAAUGUAGGGGCUGUGAAGCAGCUCUGCAAACUAACCAACAACCUUGAAGAAAGAAUAGAAGAAUUAGAAAUAUGGAAUAGAAAGCUGGCCAUGCUAAAGGGGCUCAGCAGUUCCAAAUCCACAGUCAGUCAAGCAAGUUCAAUCAGCAAACUUAGCAGAGCUGUUAGUACAUCUUCUCCAAGAAGGGCUAUUCCCCAAAAUCCCAACAAGGUUUAUUUUUCAGGAAAAAAACUGUUGUGUUCUAACUGGAUUUUCCAGACCAUGGUUGUAACUCUCAUCUCUGUGAUGGCAUUUUGUGUCUUGACGAUAGUCUUUCUUUACAUACUGAGCUUAAAAGAUCAGAACAAGCAUUCCGUACAUCUCCCUCCAAGCAAUACCACAAACUCUCCAGUGCUGGCCCUGCCAUCUACAGACUCCCCCUCAGGGCCUCAUACAUCUCUGGCAACCACAAAGACCUCGUUAGAAAUACUUGAAAUUACUUUUUGUGAGAUUCUGCCAUGUCAGGAGACUUACUGCUGUCCCAUUUGGGGAAUGAGAAGAACCUCUUCACAUCCUGUGCAAAGAGAGCCUCAGGAGGACAAGGAAGUCCAUCAGAGCCAAAGAGCAGAAGACAAAAGCAAAUCAUUCCUGACAAGAGGUGCAUUCAUCAGUGCCGACUGGCAGAGUGACUGGAUUGAUACGUCCAUCAGUUCUAUUCAGAUUAUAGAAAUCCAGCAUGUAAUUGAUCGUCGGUAUUGCAGUAAAUGGCUCCAGUGUGGGUCUGGAUACUAUCAUUACAAUAUUCCUGUUAAUAAGAACACACCCACAAAUGUCAAAUUCUCUCUGGAAAUCAACACAACAGAACCAUUGAUAGUCUUCCAAUGCAAACUCACCGUUGGAAAUAUAUGUUUCCAUAGUAAAAAGGAAACCAAAGGGACCCAAAGCUAUGGAGAAGUCUUCCCAGAGAUGACACAGGGAUAUCAGCACAUUUGGAACCUUCCCGUGGCCCCGUUUUCUGACAGUGCAUACCAUUUCCGUGUAGCUGCACCAGAUUUAGCUGACUGUUCAACGGAUCCUUAUUUUGCUGGGAUAUUCUUCACAGAUUAUUUCUUUUAUUUCUACCGACGCUGUACCUAAUUUAUUCACGUUUGGUAUUUUUACCAAAGAAAAAUGCUCAGAAAUACAAUUAAUGGACACUGACAUUCUCUUGAAAGUUCUUUCAUCUUUUCUGUGAAACAUUCACAUUUAUUGCUGAAGGACUUUUUCAGACUUUGGUUUCCAGUGGUUUUGAGACACUAAUGAGGAGAAUAAAGUGUUUGCUGCAACUUGAAA